AUGGCUCUUCAACCAAUUCUAGGAAAAGAGCUAAAUAAAUUUGUGCCUUCUCAUUUGACAUUUGAUGCCAAAAUAAACAUUCCAGCGCAGAUGUUACGUCAAGAAGAAUGUCGUGUACCAUUUAUUGUUGCCAAUGGACCACGCUCGAUAGAAUUGCUUUUACGUCCUGCAAAAGAAAUCCAAAUACAUUCCAGUGAACUUAAAAUCAAUGUAGCAGAUUUUUGUCGAGAAAAACCUACAUUGCUUGUGAAUUGCCAAAAUGAACUGCAUAUGCAAAUUUCCGGAUUAAUUGCAAUACGUUUCGGUGCCUCGAAAGAUCCUGAUAAUUCUGCAGCUAUAGAGACAAUACUGAAUGAAACACAAGAAACCGAUUUUGAACAUACAUUUAUCAUGCGUGGUAUGGAUCCAUUUCUGGAAUCAUUGCACAACACUGUUACAUCAGCGGAAUACGGAAAUGGCUUGGUCGGUCUUAGCAUCCUUAUUACAUAUCCGGAAGCAGAAUUUAUGCAAUUCGUUGAACAGAAAGGAAGACUUCGAUCACUGACACAUGCUGAACGUCGGAACAGCCAGCUGAACUCCAAAGCUUACAAAGAUUUCACAGUAUUCGGUACAAAUGCAUAUUCCAUAAUGUAUUCAAAAUGGAUGCUUUAUAUGAGUACCAAAUAUUUUCACCAUUUAAUCGAUGAAAAUCCAACUGUUAAUCACACAACAUUAAAUUAUCACCAUGAUGUGAUAGGUUAUGCACUUUCCUUAGCACUCCAAAAUCAGUUCUACCAGGAGUUGAAGAAGGAUAUCAGAAAAAUGCGUCAAACAAUCGAAUUACUUUGCAUACUAGAACCGAUUAACGUCGAUAUAGCCAUCGAAGCCGUUGCUAUAGAACUUGAAUCCGCCAUUUUCGAUGGAUGGAAAUAUAUAGAUUUAGACGACCUAGUGCGAAUAUUAACAUUGCCGAAAUAUUGGGAAUUGGAGGAAUUGAAGGUUGCAGCACGAUCUUUGAUUAUCGACCUUCACUGCAAGCAGUUUCAGGAAGAGUACAAUGAGCAAUCAACAGGUGCACGGUGUGCAGUAUACAGGGACCUUAUAUUGAACGGUGCAUUGGAUGAGAUAUCUAAACCAGUAGAAAGUGAACUUGAAAAGAUCAAAAAGAUGGGCUGGAAAAUGAGCAUGGUAAGGAAAACGUGGAGUUCGUAG